AUGAGAAAUGUUGUAAAAAAAAAGAAAAAAAGAAUAAUUUAUAAUAAAAUUAAUGUAUUUAAAAUAUUGGAUUCUUUACCCAGCAAUAGCAGGAUGCUUCAUAGGGAUAGGACAUUUUGUUGCAUAUUAUCUAUCGAGAGUGUUAAUGAAUCAAGUCUGGUUUAGGAAUACGAUGAAAUACCUAAUGAUUGAUGAUGAGU